AUGUACUUUGUCGAAAUCGCACGCCGACGAGAGAAAAUGGGCAAUGCGCAAGCAACAGUGGCUUCCGAGCCAUCUGUCGGUAGGCUGACGACGCUUUCAAGAGCCAUCGAGGAGAAGACCAAGAUCCUCGCGGACAGCCUAGAGGCCAAAGGCUUGGGAGCGCCAUCAUUCCAUCCCGAUGGCCUGGCCGACUUUCCCUCGGCACAGCUCGGACCUGAAGCCGUCCAGGCAAGGGCCGACAUCAUCUCGAUGACGCAGGAACUUCACGAUCUGGCAUUGGGGCCUCGCGAGAGCCUCAAGGCUCUGUCGUGGGAUAACGUCAGCUUCGUCUCGCUCCAAGCCAUAUGCGAAUUCAAGCUGGCAGACGCUGUGCCCCGCGAGGGUUCAAUAUCCUACGUCGAAUUGGCCACCAAGGUUCGGAAGCAGUCGUCCGUUGACGUCCCCUACUAUGACCUUCGGCGCAUUCUCCGCCUUGCGAUGCUGAACAACCUCUUCACGGAACCGAAGCCCGACCACGUUGCCCAUAACAGGUCGUCGCUCUUGCUCCUCGAAGACGAGAAUCUCGCCAACUGGCUAGGAUUGUACACGAUUGAUUUCUUCUCUCCCAUGGCGAACACCGUGUCGGCCAUGAAGAAAUGGCCCGCCUCUCAAGACGACUGCGAGACUGGCCUGAAUCUUGCCCACGGCUACGCCGACAACCUUUUCGCCCAGCUCUCAAAGGACAAGGUCCGCGCCAAGAGGUUCGACAGCGCCAUGAAGUGCAUCGGUGCGAAGGAGGGCUUCGAGGUAUCGCACACGGUUGAGUGCUACCCUUGGGGGGAUCUGGGGAAGGCUACUGUUGUUGACAUGGGCGGCAAUGAGGGCUUCGCAUCGGCAGCCAUCGCAGAGGCCUUCCCACUACUCUCCUUUGAGGUUCAAGAUCUGCCGGGUAUUGCUCUCAAUGCCAAGAUCCCGACGCAUCUCGCCGACCGGGUGAGACACCGGGCUCACAACUUCUUUGACGAGCAGCCGGUCAUUGCCGACGCCUACCUAUUCAGACACGUCUUCCACGCCUUCUCGGACAAAUCGGCGCUGGCGAUACUGCGCGCCCUCGUCCCGGCCCUGCGUCCCGGAGCGCGCAUCAUCAUCAACGACGUGACACUACGGCCGCCAGGGGAGAUGGCGAGAAUAGAGGAGAAGAGCGUGCGGCUGCUGGACAUGCUGAUGAAGACGGUGCGCAACGCUCGCAACCGCGACGCCGAUGAGUGGAAGAGCCUGUUUGAGCAAGCCGACGCGCGCUUCAAGUGGAAGGGCACGUGGAAGACGAGCGGGAGGAUGUGGUUCAUGGAAGCCGUAUGGGAGGGUGAAGGCAGGAACGCAGCAAAGGACAUGUAG